AUGUAAAACAAUUAAAUCAUUUACUCUUAACCUUAAGAAAAAAGAUCAUUUUUGUCUCGAUUGUGUUCUUGCUUUGAAUAUUUCAAAAAGAAUCCUAAGCAAGAGAAUUAAUAUCAUCCAGAAAUAGAUAGUCCGAAAUCGUCAUUUAUUGGUCAAAGGAAAAUAAUUGUUUUGGACUUAGAUGAAACAUUAGUGCAUAGUUAAUUUUAGCACUUUGAUUCUUACGACUUGUCACUUGAUAUUGUGGUGUAAUCACAGAAUUUUAAAGUAUUUGUGAUUGUCCGUCCUGGAAUUAAGUAAUUCUUUGAUUAACUUAAUCAAUUCUACGACAUAAUUUUGUGGACAGCUAGUUUAAAGGAGUAUGCCAUGCCAGUAAUGGACUAUAUUGAUCCAGAUAGAAAAGCGGUGGAGAGAUUAUUUAGAGAUAGUUGUACCCCUUUGAAAAAUGGAUUAACUAAGGAUUUAACUAAAUUGGGGAGAGAUCUUAAGGAUGUUGUGAUUGUUGAUAAUUCAGUUUUCUCAUUUAUUAUGAAUCCUGAGAAUGGGUUAAAGAUUAAGGAUUUUUAUUUUGAUAAAUUUGACAAGGAACUAGAAACCAUAUUGCCUUUUUUAAUUUGGAUUUCAUAAUUGUCUGAUGUCAGACCAGUUUAAAUACAAUAUGGAGAGUUUCAAAAGAAGAAGCGAUUAGAGAAGAAGAGUGAUGAAUAACAAAAUUAAUAUGGGAUAUCGAAAUCUGUAACGAUUUAGAGGAAGAAACUUAAUCGGAAGAGUCUGAUCAAGACAUUGACUGAGCAUGUGAUGGAGAGAGCACGAGUAGGCAAAGAGGACACUAAUGAGAGUGAGAAGGAAACAUUUGAGAUGGGUAAUUGAUACUGAGAGUUUUGGUUUAAUUUAUUUGUUUGU